AUGGCUUGCAGUGUUGCUGGCAUAACUUCAGAUGCUAAUGUUCUCACAAAUGAACUGAGGCUCAUUGCACAAAGGUACCUUCUACAGUAUCAGGAGCCGAUUCCUUGUGAGCAGUUAGUUACAGCUCUGUGUGAUAUCAAGCAAGCUUAUACACAGUUUGGAGGAAAACGUCCUUUUGGUGUUUCACUGCUCUACAUUGGCUGGGAUAAACAUUACGGGUUCCAGCUGUAUCAAAGUGACCCCAGUGGAAAUUAUGGAGGGUGGAAAGCCACGUGCAUUGGGAAUAAUAGUGCUGCAGCAGUGUCAAUGUUAAAACAAGACUACAAAGAAGGAGGAAUGACCCUGAAGUCAGCUCUCGCCUUAGCUAUCAAAGUGCUAAAUAAGACUAUGGAUGUCAGUAAACUCUCUGCUGAAAAAGCUUCUAGAGCAGUUGGAUUAUUGGUAUUAUUUGUUGAGGUUUUGGCUGUGAUUACACCUGGCCUUCGAAUUGAAAUUGCAACAUUAACAAGAGAGAAUGGGAAGACAACAAUAAGAGUUCUAAAACAAAAAGAAGUUGAACAGUUAAUCAAGAAGCAUGAAGAGGAAGAAGCUAAAGCCGAACGAGAGAAAAAAGAAAAGGAGCAGAAGGAGAAGGAUAAAUAG